AUGGUCGGAGGUAUCGUGGCCGCAGAAACACAGAGUGGAUUCACUCAUCUCCUUGACCCGAACAAGAAAUGGUUCAACAAUAAGCGCUUGAUAACCCUCAACGCCUGGAUUGUUCUCCUACUUAUCACAUCCUGUACCAAUGGAUACGAUGGAAGCAUGAUGAACAGUCUGCAAUCACUUCCUCAAUGGAAGGAUUACUUCAACCAUCCGUCACCGAGUCAGCUUGGUCUCUUAAACGCUAUUCAGGCAUGUCGAACUUUGACAUUCUUUAACAUUGGAUCUCUAGCAGCGUACCCGUUUGCACCCUACUUGUCUGACGGUAUCGGACGGCGCCGAACAGUGAUUUUUGGAGCAUCUAUAAUGUGUUUUGCAGCUAUCAUUCAAGCAGCUGCUCAAUCUGUCGGUAUGUUCAUCGGUGCCCGAUUCUUGAUCGGGUUUGGCUUGACAUUCGCUGCCAAUGCUGCACCUAUGCUAGUUUCGGAAAUUUCGUACCCUCCAUAUCGCGCUCCUCUAACAGCCGCGUAUAACUCAUUAUGGAACUUGGGAGCUAUCAUUGCGGCUUGGACGACCUUUGGUACAUUCAGGAUUGCUAGCACCUGGGCGUGGCGUACGCCUUCUGCACUUCAGGGAUUGCCAUCCGUGCUUCAAAUAUUUCUAGCAUGGUUUUUACCUGAAUCCCCACGAUGGCUGGUCAGUAAAGGCCGAGAUGAUCAAGCAUUAAAGACAUUGGCGUAUUAUCACGCCGAUGGUAACCCAAACGAUCCAUUAGUCCAAUAUGAGUUCAACGAGAUUAAAGCUGCCAUCGAGUUUGACAGGAAUGUCGUCGCAAAUGUGGGAUGGAAAUCCCUCUUCAGUACACCAGGAAACAGGAAGCGGAUGAGAAUCAUCGUCGCCAUCGCUGUCUUUUCGCAAUGGUCCGGAAACGGUAUCGCGUCGUAUUACCUCAACCAGAUCCUCACAGACAUCGAUAUCACCGAUCCAACUGUUCAGCUCCUCAUCAACGGGAUCCUCACAAUAUGGAGUCUCUUCUGGGCCCUGCUAGCAUCAGGACUGAUUGACAGACUAGGUCGCCGCUUUCUCUUCUUGAGUUCAACAAUUGGGGUACUCUUCGCCUGGAUUGCACAGACCGUGUCAUUUGCAGUAUUUUGGGAACACGGAAUACCAGCAGCUGCUCAUUCUUUGAUCGCUUUCAUUUUCCUGUUCAGCGCAUUUUAUGGCCUUGCAUUAUCACCGCUAAUCGUCGUAUACACCGUUGAAAUUCUGCCCUACCACCUUCGUGCUAAAGGGUUCACAGUCUUCAAUUUCACCAUAUCCCUUGCAUUGAUAUUCAACCAAUAUACCAAUCCUAUCGCUUUAGGCCGUCUCGCAUGGAAAUACUACAUCAUAUACUGCUGCUGGAUUGCAUUCGAAAUAGUUUUCCUAUACAUCUAUGUUGUCGAAACGAAAAAUCUUACACUGGAAGAAACAGCCGCGUUGUUCGAUGGGAAAGAAGCUAUUGAAGAGAUUACCGGGAAUGGCAGAAUUGACCUCACAGAAUCGGAGAAGGACGUGGCUCGAUAUACGGAAAUUGAAGAUAUCCGUCAAGAUUCAUCGAUCAAGGAGGCUUGA